UUGGAGACAUAUUCAAGGCGCAUAGAUAGUUUUCGCGUAGUUCCAUUCGGAAUGUUGAAGUUGCUUCACAUGUUUACAAGUUCCAGAACGGUAUUACCGGAAGAAUGACGUUUGGUGGACAAUGAAUAUCGUUUGAAUUCGAAUAUUUACCCACAGGCGGCGUGUGGCAAUGACUUCACGUUGUUAAAAGCAAGUACUCAAGAACAAAUCUGAGUUUGCCAACCUAGCGCUACGGGUUGCGAUUUUCAUAAAGAAGACUGUUUUAUAAGGAGAAUAAAUAUAGUUCGUUAUGGGAACAAGAGAGAAUUGAUCCCAUGUUGUUGUUAUUGUCGAGACAUUAUUUCACUGCCUCUUUAGUAGCGAAGAAGCUGUUGGGCUGCCUGAAUUCAAGCCUCUUACGCUGCUGGAUCUUAAAGUCCGUCUGUUUUUGCAGAGGAAUGCUUCGUCAGUGAAAACGGACUGUAAAUCUCGGUGGAUGCCAUACUUGUAGAUUUGAAUUGAUACUUUGAAAAAGACUCGACAUAUACAGACAUCUUAACAAAGGCGCUGGCUGGUACACUUAAAUUCAAUAAACUGGAAAACUAUGGCCGUGACGAAUCAGACUGAGGUGCAUGUUUACGAAAAGGUUGUUAUCUUAAUGUCAUGUGUACUUUCAUUUUUUGGUUCACUUUUAAUCAUAUGCACGUAUGUAAGUUGGCGCGACCUGAGAACUACACCGCGUAAACUGCUCGUGUAUCUGUCUAUCGCUGACCUGUUGUCUGCCCUCUCGUACUCGUACGGCGUUUGGAGGGACUUCCACUCUGAUUCUGUGGACUGCAUUACGCAAGGUGCAAUUUCCACAUUUGCGAACACAAGCUCGUUCUUCUGGACUGUGGCUAUUGCCAUUUACUUGUACAUUUUUAUUGUAAAGUCCAGCCAGAGGCAGGCCGAUAACUUGGUGCUGUAUUCUCAUCUUAUCAGCUGGGGUGUUCCUUUCGCCAUCACUGUGGCAGCCCUCUCCCUGCAGAAGAUCGGCUAUGAUGCCUCUGAAGUGUCUGUUGGUUGGUGCUGGGUGAACAUCCAAGCUGAAGACCAUGUGCUGUGGAUGCUGCUCACAGGAAAGAUCUGGGAGUUCAUCGCCUAUGUCACUCUGCCAGUCCUGUAUAUCCUUAUUAAGAUACAUAUUCGAAAAGCACAUGCAGCCCUGUCAGAGUACCGUCCAAUCCUGACCAGCAGUCCUGUCUCUCACUCAUUGUCCUCCAUGGCAGACAGGAAACUCACCCUCAUCCCCGUUAUUUUCAUAAUGCUCCGCAUGUGGAGUACCAUCCGCUUUCUGCUCUUGCUGACUGAAUCCCCUGCAAGGCAAAACCCAGUGCUGGUGACCUUGCAUGGGAUUGGGAACACCUUUCAGGGAGCUGCGAACUGCAUCAUGUUUGUGCUGCUCACUCCCUCAAUUAGAUCACGAUUGGUGGCUCUGCUAUGCUGCAGAGGUCGAGACAGACCCCGGAGCUCGGAAUCAUUGUUCCAGAACAGGGAAAAUGUGUAUACAUCUUCACACACUGAGGAGAACUCCAGCCCCCAAACCUUGGAGGACAGUGAGGAUUAAGGGCUGCUGCUAUUUUCCUGCAUUUCUUUGACUUCCAAGAGAUGUUCUCUUCCAGGAACGCACAAAGGUUGGAUGAUACAGAGAGUGAAAGCUCUUUCUGGCUCUCUACUGUGGCUUAGAGGUUGUGCCAGAGCAUAAAAGGAAUAGUCUGUUGCCAUUUAUAAACCCUUGUGUCCUUCCAGAUGUGUGUGACUUUCUUUUUUCUUUGUAACACAAAAAGCAAUAUUUUGAAGAACACUAUGUUUUUGUCUAUACCAUUACAAAGAGUGGGGACUGGUGCUUUCAAGCUUCAAAAAGGAUGCAAACGUGCUAAAAACUUAUCAUUAGUUAAUUCACAAAUCAGACUUGAUCCGGUUCUCGAGUUCAACUUACUCAAUUAUCUGGUUGGGGCAGAUAAUCUUUGAAUAGCAACUUACCUUUUGGUCUGUUCAUUACAUAAGGCUAUUGCAUGACUUCAGAAGACUUGGAAUAUAGUGCAAGUCCAAUGACAACUUUUAUGAUACUUUUAUAGUGCAAUUCAUCCUAUUUGGAAGUUUGAAAGCAUCAGUCCCCAUUCAUUGUAAUGCAUGGGAAAAAAACAUUGAGAAAAAAAAAAAUCUAAAUUCCGAUUUGGAACGACUUGAGGGUGUGUAAAUGAUGGCAUAAGUACAUUUUUUCUGUGAACUAAACUCAGCCUUCUUGUUUGACCAAGUGCCUUUUUUGGAAUUUCAGGGGACUGCAGUCACAUGCUCAUAAGCCGCAGAUCAAGCAACACAAACGCACUUUAUGUUAACGGUUUAGCUCAGCACUUUAGGUGUAAGGCUUUCUCUGUUCGAGAGCCUCUCAAAUCUGUUUUCUUAUUGCUGCCACAUAUGUUCCGUGUUCAUUUAAACAGAAAUAAGAUCUGUAGCUCAGGGGAAGCAAGGAUAUGGCAAUUUAUUAUCUAGUGACAAAAUGGCAAAUGUACUGUUAAGUGUUUUUACAAGGGAUUUUUUUCCUCCCCCAGCAAAGCACAUACUGUACACACUUAAUGCAAAGAUGUCUCUGAAACAAAUUUCUUUAUAUCCAAAAGGCAUUUUAAAAACAUUGCAAUGUAUGAUCUAUUAUAUAUAUCCUUUGACAUAUUUGUACUGUGUAUUAUAGUUGUGGUCUCUUUGCAGUAUAGGGUUACAUGUACUUGCUUGGCAAAACUUGCCACAACAUGCACAUCUAGUCAGACAGAAAAAAGAGGAAAAUAGUGCCUUUAAAAACUGCACUUCUACACGGCACUGCAUGUAGUUAUAUUUUAUCAAUAUAUCAACUGAUUUGAAUAAAGUGAUU